CUGCCACUCUAUAAAGCUCCUAGGUGGCCCCAAGGGAAGACUUCUGCAGCGCAGCGGCUUCCUUGGGACGUGAGGUUCCCACCCUGCCACCAUGAGGUUUCUAGCCCUCGCCAGCCUGCUCUGCAUCUUGCUUCUCUGCUUGUCGGUCUUCUCUGCGGAAGGGAAAAGGCAUCCAAGGCAUCCUGUCAAGCCCGGGAAAGUCAAGCCCUGCUGUCCCCGAGUUCCUGGCCCUGAACUGAUGCUCCGGAAAGGACACCGUGUGAGAAACUGCAGACAGUGCAAGCUCAAGCCAAAGCCUCACUUUUGGGUGGUGCCUGGGGCGCUCCCACAGGUGUAGUGCCCCCCAAAACAGGCUCCAUACAGCUGAGACCCUCAUGCUCAGUGCCUGAGGCACCUAGAAGCCUUAGCUUCCCCCAAGAUGCUCCCCUCAACGUUGGGGCUGAUGACAAAGCCUCUGCCCAUGGACCUGAGCCUCCGCUCUUAAAGACACAGCACUUCUUGCCUGCCUCGUUGGGUUGUACUCAUGCUGCCUUUUAGAAAAGCCUGAACCAGAAUCUUCUGAAAACCACAACACAGAUUCAAAAGUCGAAGCUCUAGACACAGAUGUAGAGAGCAAACAUGUGGACACCAAGUGGGGAAAGCGGGGUGGGGGGGAGGUUGUGGGGAAAUGAAUUGGGCGAUUGGGACUGCCAUAUAUACAUUACUAAUAAGAGAAAAGGUAUCAGAUUGUACACUUUAAAUAUGUGCAGUUUAUUGUGUGUCAAUUGUAUCUCAGUAAAAGUUCUUAAAGAAAAAAAUAAAAAACAAACAAACAAAACAAAACAAAACAGAAGUCAAAGCUCUGGAAUGCCUGUCUUGCUGUGUGGCCUGGGACAAGUAACUUAGCCUCUCUGGGCAUGCUGGCUUCAGAGAUAUAAAAUCCAGCAAGAAAAAACACCUAAGGAAGGCACCAAUGGGCUUCACUCACCCCUUUCAACCUUCAUGGCAGCCAGCUGGGAUGUCGGGGGGCUUCAUCUCAGGCAGUCAAAGGCCCUGGGAAAGUUUCAGAACUCCAGGUCCUGGCCAUUCAUGCUACCAACCUUCAGAGUUAUUGUGAGCCAGGUUCAGCCCACCUGGCCUCAGUCUCCACCUGGCCCCUUGAACACCGAUAGUCAAGAUUUCACCAAGACCUGCAGCAGUUACAAAUCCGAAGACUUCCAAGCCUGCUAGGGUGCAGGGUAACAGGAGCUCAAAAGCAGCCAACCAGCAAUGCAGAGGCUCAGCCGUCCUGAGAUACACCUAAGCCCCUAACCAUCCCAUAUCCCAUGGCCUCUUCCUAACUUCCUGAUGUGAGCCUGCUGGAAAGAGCAUUCAAAGAAACAAAUUAUAAAUAAAUAAACAAAAUGC